GCUAGCUUGUAUGUUCAAUAAAAACACAUUACCUUUUUUACACUUGAACUAUAGCAACUUAUAUUUCAAACUAAGACAAUGUCUCUCCAAAGAAAAUUGGAAGGUGAUAUAGAAAUUGAGGCUUCAGCUUCAAAAUUUCAUGAAUUGCUUCACAAGAGACUACACCAUGUUCCCAAAGCUUCUGGAGACAAAGUACAAAGCUGUGAGUUGCAUGAGGGUGAUUGGGGAAAAGUUGGUUCAAUCGUCUAUUGGAACUACUUUCUUGAUGGAAAGGCUAAAGUGGGAAAGCAUGUCAUUGAAGCUAUAGAUGAGGAAAAGAAUUUGAUGAAGUUCAAAGAGAUAGAAGGAGACCUUUUAAAGAUUUACAAAAGCUUCAAUUAUACCAUCCAAGCUAUUCCAAAAGGUAAGGGAAGUGUGGUUCACUGGACAAUGGAAUAUGAGAAACUUCAUGAAAACAUUCCUGAUUCACAUUCCUUGCUAGAGCUUUGUCUUGCCAUUGCCAAAGACAUUAGUGACCAUAUUCAGAAAGGCAAUUAAAUAUAUGAAGUAUGAACACAACUUCUACUAUAUGCUAUGUAUUAAUGUACGCCAACUAUAUAAGGUUAUAAUAAAUGCUUGCAUGCAUAUACAGCCUAUUUGAAAUAACUUAUAUUCUUAUUUGAGAUGUGGCUCAGUUUAAUUUA